AUGGCUCCAACAUCUGCGGGCCUUUUUUCUGUCCUCAGAUUAAAUAAAUUUCCAAAUAAUUUUUAUUUAAAAAUUUUUAUUUUUCUUCUUGCCUUAUUUACUACUUUAAAUUGUUCUGUAAAUGUUGCAAAAUUUAAUGCUCGUCUUUCAGUAUUUAGCAGUGAUUUUGAAACAUUGCAACAACAAAGGCAUAAAAGAGCAACAACAGAAUCUUUACUGACAGUAGAGUGGGAAGGGAUUCAAAGUGGUGACCAUCCAGAUUCUUCUAUUAGAGGUUUUAUUGUUGAAUAUAAAGCUGAAGGUGAAAAUCAAUGGAAUGUGCAUUCUGGGAUUAUACCUUAUAAAGGACCUAAUCAUCAAUACAGAAUACCCAAAUUACCAACAGGAAUAUCAUACUUUGUUCGCAUAAAAGUUUUGGGUUCUAAAGGAGAAGUUUUGGUUGAAACACCAGAAAUUCGUGCCAAAAACGAAAUUGUUUCGAUACAUUGUGAACCUGAAGAAAUUACUUCUCCAAACAAUAUCAAAAUUAAAGAACAAUCAAAAUUUAGUAUAGCAAUUACUUGGCAGCCCCCAGAGUGUGGUUCUAUUGGGGAGUAUCAACUAGAAUUGAAAGGAUUGAAUUUACAAAGUUUUGAUGUUCAUAGACAAACAGUUUCGCAACCACAAGCAUCGAUUAGUGGAUUGAUUUCUGGAACUGAAUAUUCUUUGAGGAUUAGAGCUAUUGAUAGGGCGAGGAUUGUUGGACCGUGGAGCGAGGAGCUAAUAACUGUGAGUACAAAAGGAGAAUUACCAGAACAAUUAUCUAACGCACAAUUAGAAUAUAUUAGCGAUAAAGAAGUUCGAAUAAGUUGGACACCUCUAGACCAUCCAAGAUUACAACAUUAUGAGGUAAACAAAUAUGUAUAUAAAAGACUUGAACAUGUUAUUGUUUUGACUGAAAUAAUUAAUAAUUCAAAACAAAAAAACACAAAACAACACAAAGAAGAAGAAGAUGAUGGGGAAAAAGUUGAAAGAACUCGUGUUGCCCCAACACAAACAAAUGUUUAUUUUGGUGAUCUUAAGCCUGAUACUGAAUAUAAAAUUGGUGUUUUGGCAUAUAUUGAUCACGAGCCUGUUAGACUUCAACGCUUAACUUUGCAAACAAAUAUUGAACAUCCUAUUGAAUCAAGCCAAAAGCCUAUGGUUUUACAAUUAGAAAGUGGGGAAUAUGAAGUUCAUUGGAAGCCUCAACCAGAACUUCAAUAUAGCCAAUAUAUUUUAGAAUAUAAAUUAGGAAAUGAAACAAUAAAAUGGUAUUUAUUAACAAAAAAAGAAGAAACAAAUCAACAACAACAACAACAAAGUUAUUCAAUAAAAACAACAAAAUUGGAAGAUGCAAUUUCUGUUCGUUUAUUAUUUAUUGGAGAAAAAGAAGAGGGGAAAAAGCCUAUUUUAAUUGCAAAAACAGAAGAAACUUUAGUUGGACACAAAUCUGUUGGAAAUUCUUGUGAAAGAGUAGCUAGUGGAGAACCUAAAUUUUUGGAAGAAGAAGAAGGGGAAGAAGUAAAGAAGAAUGAUAAAGUUGUGAUAAUACCUGAAACUAUUAAAUUUAAAUGGGAACAAGUUAAAUGUGAAGGACAUAUUGAAGGGUGGGAAUAUAUGAUUUGGCCAGCAGAAGAUGGUCAUCAACCAUUAGAGGGAUCUGUUCCAGAAUUUACUAGCCAACCCCAAGUUUUACUUCAAGGACUUGAACCAUCCACAGAAUAUCGUUUUAAAGUAAGGCAUAGAUUGCCCCAUGGAGGGCAUGGUCCUUGGAGUCCAACAGCUAGUGGACGUACAAAAAUUAGUAAAAAAGAAGGAGAAGAAGAAAAAGAGGAAGGAGGAGAAACAUCUGAAAAUAUUUAUAGAUUAAGAAUUGCUUUAGUACCUCCACGUUCUUUUCUAGUUUGGACACCUUUGCCUGAACAUGCUAAAAGAAUACAUAGAUUUAAAGUUUCUCACAAGCCAACAGCACCAACACUCGCCGAUGGCGUCACUGUCGAAGGCCCAACGGAACAAUUUGUUGCCUGCCCACCAGGCAUUUCACAACCCGGAGUUGAUUUUUGUUUAGACCUUCGAGGGCUUGAAUUGGGGAGACAAUAUUCUGCAGAAAUUUUGUACCAACUCGAUGGGCCAACUGGAAAGUGGAGUAAAAAGGGGGCUCCUCUCUUCUUUAUUUUAGUUGAUGAAGAUGUUAAUAAAGAAGAAAAAGGGCAACAACAACAAUUAAAUAUUGGGCAAAUACGUAUUGAACAAUUAGAAGGAAAACCAAAAUCUGUCGUUCAUUGGACAGCCGAUGGCCCUAUGUUGGAUCAAAUACGUGCCUACCAAGUUGAAAUUCGUGGUGGCCCUCAACAAAUAUGGCGUCCAAUUAGUGGAUAUGUUGCUGCUGUACAGGCCGGUCAAAAACAAUUUAGAGUUGAAAUAGAUAGUGCUUUGUUGGCUGGGCAAGCUGAAAUUCGUUUGAAAGCUUUGGGCUCUGAUGGAAAACCUGUAGUGGAAAGUUUACCGCUUGGAACUGGAAAGCCUUGUGAACCAAUAACACAAUCUCCAAAAGACGUAAUUUUAACAACCGAAAGAAGUAGUUAUUUAAUAAUUCGAUGGACAUUUCCACAACCCAAAGACUUGAAAGAAAUUGAGCGUUGUCAUUUCCAUUUUUUGGUUGGAGGAAUAUUAAAUGGGGCUGCUUUACAAAGAACUGUUGAUGGAAAUUUGAGAGAAUUAAAAUUAGAAAUUGAAGAAAAAAUAAAAGGAAGACUACUUUCCCCUCAAAAUAUUCGUUUAAGUGUACAUGCAGUUAAUAGAUUGGGGGCUGGGCCUGCUUCUAUUCCUGUUUCUGUUGUUGGUGGAAUUGAAAAUAUGGCAACAUUGCCUGAAAAAACUAACAACCAAAACCAACACAAACGUUUUCGACGCAAAAUAUGUGACCCGAGAACUGAUUUUUGGUGUCGUGAAGAAUCUUUUAAUGUUAAUGAUGGGUUGCCUCACGAAAAAGCUUUAAUUUCACCUCCAACAGUCUCAACCUCACCAGAAGGUUCUCUACAAGUUCAGUGGCGUUCUAAAGGGCCGGGACGUGGAGUUUUUGGUUAUCGAGUGCUUUAUAGAUAUCCGGGUGGUGGAUGGAACCCUUACGGUCAAAUAGUUCCUUAUACCGGAGAUGAUGAGGACUACAAUUUGGCAUUGACCGGACUUUCUCCAGGAGUUCCUUACGAAUUAAAAAUCCAAACACUCGACAGAAACUCUUAUGUUUUGUUUACUUCACAAGAUGUUCGUUCAUCUUCUACAUGUCUUCCACCAACACAGCCACCUUCUCAAUUAGCUAUUGAUGCACCUGAUGCUCGACAUGUUCGAGUUACUUGGGUACCGGUGGUGCAAAGUGUUUGGAAAUGUUCGGAAGCAAAAGUGGAAUUACAAGUGUGUGAUUUUCUGUUUUUUUUCACGAAAAAUUCCGACUUCUUUUCUGAGUCUCUCAGAAAAAUCGACGAACCACGCGGAAAACCACCAGUUUUCCUAGAUGCAAGACAAAGCAGUCAUGUAUUUGAUGCAUUGCCUGCUCAGCGCAUGGCAAGAGACUUCUUAAAGAUAUUUUUAAUAAAAGAAUAUUUUCUAAAGACAAUUCGUGCUCGAACCACAAACGAAGCCGGCCAUUCACCUUGGUCUUCAUCCGUCUCAGUUUCGACUCUUUCUUCUGCCCAAUCACUCGCCGAACCAAUUGACGGUCCUUUCGUUUCUCUAGUUCAUGGAAUGCCUCGACUAAGUUGGAAAGGCCGUGAAGGCUCCGACCCGGAAUUGGUCGAUCAUUUUAUUAUUGAAUGGAGAACGAGAACAGAACAACGCUGGAACCAAUUGCCACAGCGUAUUCAAUUCACAGGGUGGCAAAGGCCGUAUAAUGUUGAUUUGGAUCAAUUGCCUGCUGGGCAUUUAUAUGAAGUUCGCCUUCGGGCACUCGAUCACAAUUUGGGUACAGCAUUUCUUUCUGGAACGGUCACAGUCCAAGCCCAAGCUCAAUGCCGACCACCCCAUUCGUCGCCAAGAAACUUGGAGAUAACUCCUCUGGGUCCAAACCAACUUCGCUUGAGUUGGCAUCCUUUGCCCGAAACGGAAUGGAAUUGUGAUCAGCUUUGGUAUGUGGUCAAGUAUUCCAGCACUGAACAACAGGGCUUCCGCAAUUUAAGCAAUAAUGAUAUCAGUACAAUCUUUGACUCAGCACCAUUCACUCAAUGGCACUUCCAAAUACAAGCUGCAAACCCUGCCGGUGCCGGUCCUUGGAGCUCACCUUUGGAUGGACAAACUUUGGGAACUGCACCAGGUCCAGUUGGGGAUUUCUCUGCGCAAACUCUAACACCCGAUGCUGUUCAACUUUCAUGGCGUCCCCCACAAAUUCCAAACGGCCAAAUAACAGGCUAUGAGGUUGGCCUAGAGCUGAUCUCACGAGGAAUGUGCCAAAAUGGACAGAAUGUUGCAGGAAGUGAUGCUGCUGGAGGAGGAGGGGAACAACAACAACCAGCUGCUACUACGCUCCUUUCAGACAAAUCAUCCUUCACUCUUCAACAGCUACACCCACAUUCACGCUAUAGAAUUGGAGUGGCAGCACGGACAGACACGGGCGCUGGAGAGAGAGUGACAAGAGAAGUUCAGACUGAUCAGUCAGUGCCAACAGCCCCUCCAGCCAAUUUUCGUGUCGACAACAUAGGCGAAAAUAAUGCCGAGUUGAGUUGGCAUGCACCUCCAUGCGUGCACACAAAUGGUGAUAUAACUGAAUAUGAGUACGAAAUCGCUGCUGCGGACAGACUUUCUGCACAAAUUCCACGCGUCACAGACGUCACUCGUUCCACACGUGUUCACUUAACCGGCUUGGUUCCGUCGACUUCUUAUUCGGCCCGUGUGAGAGCUUUUACUGCGCGUGGUCCAGGACCUUGGUCGCCGGAAUUGCGAUUUCAAACGAGGCCUUCAGCAUUGCGCGAGCCAAUGCCACAACCGAGAGUUUAUGCUACAGGAAAUAAUGAAGCUCAGUUGGUAUGGCAAACAACUCAAGGGCAGUCUGGAUAUUGGGACAAGUUUGCAUGUCAAUGGGCACCUACUGGCACUCAAAAAUACAAGGAAGAACGUGUUGUCCCUGCCUAUAAUCCAUGUUCUGCCGAUCUGGUCCGUCGCUAUCAACUUCCACCCAGUACCACACAGCUACAGACCCAUUGCACAGCCUUGCCUGUUCGACAAGAUCCAUCAGCACUUGACUAUCGAGUACGUGCUAAACCUCAAGGACAGCCAUGGACACAAUGGAGUCCUCCUCAAAGACCUGUUGUUGUACAACCGCCACCACCUCCUCCCCCACGCCCUCCUCCUCAACAACCACGCCCAGCAAUUGUUGAUGAUUGUAUACAAUUACUAGCUUUGCACAAACAAGGAGGAUCUGCAAAUACUUUGAGAUUUGCUUGGUCUGUUCGUCCAUCAGAUUUGUUGCGUUGUGCUGCUUUUAUUGUAUCCGUGACACCCAGAGAUGGUAGAGAACCUGCUCGCCAAUUCCGAGUUGAUUCUAGCACAAACCAAUACACUGCAGAUUCGUUAAGGCCUGGGACGGUAUAUGCGGUUAGUGUUCAGCCUGUAGUGAAUGAACGACCCUGUCCUGGAAUGACGGUUGACAUGACUACUGAUGUGGAACCUCUCUUCCAACUGGACCAACGACCACGAAUCGUCGAAGAAAGGGCCACCUCAAUCACAAUUGCUUGGGACGUCCCUUCAUCCAUUCAAUGCUCAUCCUUCAUUGUUGAAUACCGCCUAGAAACAGGUCCUUGGCAACAAAUGCAGCAAAGGGUUCCUUGUCAGCCGGGCAGAACAACAUAUACAGCAACAGUACCAGGACUUCCUACAAAUAGUGCUGUUGAUUUGCGUGUUAGAGCUAUUUCAUUGCAAAACCAACCCAGCAAUCCAAGCCCUGAGGUCCGAGGCCACACAAAAUGUUCACCUCCAGACUCUCCCCCUCAUGGUUUACGUCUUGAUUCCCCUACACAAAACGAAGUAAGGCUCAGUUGGGCACGUCUUUCAAAACUCAGUUGGAACUGUGACGAGCUUCAAAUUGAUAUAGGCUACAGAACGGCUGAUCAGCCCGAACGAAUAUUGACUGUCCCAGCAGACAAAGUCGAACAUAUUUUCUCCUCAGAACCAAACACCCGUUGGACAGUUAGACUGCGAGCUACAAACCAGGCAGGAAGUAGCCCUUGGGGACCAGAACAAACACUCGUUACAAGGCAAGGAGCGCCUGGACAUGUACUAAAUAUGCAAUUAACGCCUCUAUCUCCAAACGAAAUAAAAGUUACUUGGUCACCUCCAACCGUUCAAAGAGGAACUAUUGUGGGUUAUGACAUCUCUUAUAGACUAAAGCAUAGAUUGGCUUGUCCAGAAGAAGAGCCACGUGAUGUUAGCAGAGAUUUUGUUACAAUCUAUAAUCAUAAGGAUACCGAAUAUAUCUUAACCGGUCUUCUUCCAAAUUCAUUAUAUGAAGUCAAAGUCCAAGCAAGAACAACACAACUAGGCCCAGAAGAAACCCGUGAGGGAGCAACCUUUCAACAACCUCCAAGUGCUCCGCCUCUAAAUCUUCAAUUGACUUAUGCCUUGGAACGUUCUCUAUCUUUUCAAUGGGAACCUGUGGAAUGUUCACAAAGGCAUGGACAAAUAAUUGCUUAUGAAUACGAAAUUAUUGGACAGGAUGAUUGGGCAAAGUUGGAAAGACAAAUUGCUAAUAUAUCUCAACAGCGUGUAACUAUUGAUGGCCUUACACCUUAUACUAAGUACGUUUUCCGAGUUCGUGCCUACAACGGCGUUGGCGGAGGACCUGCUACCGAAAAUUUGGAUGUAAUGACGGCCAAAGCAAAUGCACCACUUCCUCCCCAAGACCUUGUGGUCACUCAGGAGGGUGUUUCUUGGUUCACAGUUUCUUGGCUUCCACCUUAUCCUCCUUAUGGACCACACGAUCGUUAUAAACUCCAAUAUCAACAUUUGAGUUCAUCACCAAAUGAUUGGAAAAGUAUUGAGGUUGAUUCAAGAAGCAGAGAGUUGGAAUGCCCAGUACCCGGUCCACGUCUUUGCUACAAUAUUACCGGUCUUGAUCAAGGACAGCAAUACCGAGUCAAAGUAGCUGCCCAUAUUGAAGGAGGCAAUUACGGUCCUUUCUCCCAGAUUGUUAUUGCAAACACACUAAGAGUUGUUCCUGGAGCUCCUGCUUCCAUUGAUUUGAUAGCCAAAACUGACCAUUCCUUGCAUGUUGGGUGGAAACCUCCAUAUGACCAAUUAGGGCAAAUUACUGAGUAUCGCCUAUCUUGGCAAUCUCUUGCCCAUCCAAAUGCUCGAAGUCAGUCUACAAUUGUUGACCACCCCAAAAUGGAUCAUUUAAUUGAUGGACUUGAGCCAGAGACUUAUUACAAUAUUUCUCUCUCAGCCGGCACUCCACACGGAUUUGGGCCGGAAAUUUGGGCUCAGUUCAGGACAGACUCGUUCCGAACACCUUCUGUUCUACAAGCACCUAUAUUGACGCCUGAGGGGGCACAUACAAUACAUGUGGAAUGGACGGGGGUUGUAGACACUCAAAAUAGAGUGGCUGGAUAUAUUGUUGAAAGUAGAACCAGUGAUGCUCCUCAAUGGAUUGAAUCGAGUAGUGUGGUCCCGCAUGAGCCAGGAAGGCGUCAAUACAAAACUCGAUUGGACGGUCUUGAACCUGAUACUCUCUACUUUGUCCGUAUCAAAGUAGUUGACAAUCGCCAACGUGUAAGUGAAGCCUCUCCAGAAGCACAUGCACGUACUGGUUGUGCUCCUCCAACUUCACCGCCCACAAGUGUUGCUUUACACGGGUCAAGUGAUUGGCGUCAAGUUAGAGUUUCCUGGCAACCACCAAAUAAACAAAGCUGGCUUUGUUCAACAAUAAGUUAUGAAUUGGAAUAUCACAAUGGAUCGGUGCCUUCGAGAUUAGUUGAUGUUCCUAGCGGCUACACAGACCACAGUUUACCUUCAGGACCAGGGACAGCUUGGAGAGUCCGUGUUCGAACAAAGAAUCCUGCCGGUGUCUCUCCUUGGUCGCCAGAAGUUGAAUUGAGAACAGGAGGUAGACCGCCGGGAGAAGUAACCGAUCUCCGAGCAGAUGCGACAGGUCCAGACAGCGUUUCCUCUACUUGGUCACCCCCUGAAUCUGACGAUGAAAUAACUGGAUAUACUCUAGUCUACACAUUAAAAUCGAUUGGGGAAUGCGGGCCGAGUUCAGCCUCUAGACCUAUUACGAGGGAAACAACAGAACCUAAUUUGGAUUUGCAAGGAUUGUUGCCUGACUCUACUUAUGAUAUUACUGUUACUGCACAUACUGCUACUCAAGAAGGGAAACGGUCUAAAGUUGUUACUGUGAGGACUGAGGAAGCUCGUAUGUUUGUUUAA